CAUUACUAGAAAUUCUCAGACAGCUGUCUACUAUAAAAGGAAUUAUAAUUUAUCUUUUCACUUUACCAUCAUUAGUUAACUGUUAAAGAAAUGAAAUUAUCUGCAAUUUUCGUAGGACUCGCUAUCACUGUUGGUGUAUCAGCAGCAUUUGAUAGAUCACAACUCAAGUGCGGUGAAGAGGGUUUCCCAACUGAAUACACACUCUUCAAGAACAAUCUCCAAAAUUUCACACCAGAAGAGCAAGCUAAAGCACAAAAGCACUGGGACGCUGCUUAUGGAUGUGAAGCAAAGAACGCUGAAUUGGAUGCAGCUGGUUUGUAAAACUAAACGACCAGCUUAUUUCUUACACUCUAAUUGGAUAAUUGGAUAACUCAUAAAGGACUCUUUUGCUUCUUUUCUAUUGUUACUUUUAAUAUGAUACUUAAUUUA